UUGAUUCCAGCACAGUCAGCUGAAAUCCAGGCUCUGGCACAGUAGCACUCAUGUUGCUCUCAGUGAAAAUAGCAUUUUGCUUUUAUAUAACCUUUUAAAGCACAGAUUUAACAACAGCUUGAAAUAAAAUAAAAGUAAUAGGCCUGAGAGGACUUGGAUGUGUACAUUUAAAGGACGCUAGUAAAUAUUCUGGUUGACAGUGAAUAGGGCAAGGAUGAGAUAUCCAAAAGGGCUGGUCUCUGAAGUGGAUCAUGCCCCCUAGAUAGCAGAAUCUUCGCUUGCUGGCUGUCAGCCCCUCCAGACUGGAGAGGAUGCCUCCACGGAAGCGCACACGGCCCACCCUGGGCUUCCUGUGCUGCUUCAGCAGCAGUGAACCCCCUGAGAUCAACCUGAAAGACAGUGUACCACUGCAGCUGCUGGAGUUCAGUGCCCCCAUGCCCCCAGAGGAAGAACUGCAUGCACGUUUCUCUGAAUUAGUGGAUGAACUGGAUCUCACAGACAAGAACAGGGAAGCCAUGUUUGCUUUGCCUGCUGAGAAGAAAUGGCAGAUCUACUGCAGCAAGAAGAAGGAACAAGAGGAUCCCAACAAGCUAGCUACCAGCUGGCCUGAUUACUAUAUAGACCGCAUCAAUUCCAUGGCAGCUAUGCAGACACUAUUUGCUUUUGAUGAAGAUGAAAUGGAGAUGAGAAACAAGGUGGUAGAGGAUCUAAAGACAGCCCUCCGGACUCAACCAAUGAGGUUUGUGACGCGCUUCAUCGAGUUGGAUGGCUUGACAUGUCUUCUGAACUUCCUGAAGAGCAUGGACUAUGAAACUUCAGAGAGCCGUAUACAUACAUCCAUCAUUGGCUGCAUAAAAGCCUUGAUGAACAACUCCCAAGGCCGUGCUCAUGUACUGGCCCACCCACAGAGCAUCAACACUAUCUCCCAGAGCCUUCGCCAGGACAACAUUAAGACCAAAGUGGCUGUGUUGGAGAUCCUGGGCGCUGUUUGCUUGGUGCCCGAUGGGCAUAAGAAAGUACUACAGGCAAUGAUACACUACCAGAAGUAUGCUGCAGAGAGGACCCGCUUCCAGUCUCUUUUGAAUGAGCUGGACAGAAACACAGGACACUACAGGGAGGAAGUGAAUCUGAAGACAGCCAUUAUGUCAUUCAUAAACGCUGUGCUGAAUGCUGGGAUUGGAGAGGACAGUCUAGAGUUUCGCCUUCAUCUUAGGUAUGAGUUUCUGAUGUUAGGAAUUCAGCCAGUCAUCGAGAAGCUGAGAGCACAUGAUAAUGCCACACUUGACAGACAUCUGGAUUUUUUUGAAAUAGUGCGCAAUGAGGAUGAGUUAGAACUGGCCAAACGCUUUGACAUUACACACGUAGACACCAAGAGUGCCGGCCAGAUGUUUGAGCUGAUCAAGAAGAAACUGUGCAACACAGAUGCUUACCCCCACCUUCUAUCUAUCUUACAGCACUGCCUCCAAAUGCCAUAUAAACGUGGUGCAGGCAGUAUACAGCAAUGGCAACUUUUAGACCGCAUCCUUCAGCAAAUUGUUCUGCAAGAUGAAAAGGGAGAAAAUCCAGAUGUUUCACCCCUGGACAACUUCAACGUUAAGAACAUCAUUAGAAUCUAUGGAAAGCAACGCAUGUCAAGGCUUGUGAAUGAGAAUGAAGUCAAACAGUGGCAAGACCAAGCCGAGAAGUUCAGAAAAGAGCAUGUAGAUCUGAUGGCUCGGCUGGAAAGGAAAGCAAGGGAGUGUGACACCAAGACACAAGAGAAGGAGGAUAUGAUGAAGACACUCAACAAGAUGAAGGACAAACUACAGAAAGAAGGAGUGGAGUUGCGCUCUGCCAGGGAGCAAGUAUUAGACCUGUCCUCGCGAAUUAGCGACAUUUCAAGUGGUGGAGUUCAUUUACCCAUUCCCCCUCCGCUUCCUGGGAGCCCGAUGGCUCCACCUCCACCACCUAUGAUGAUGGAUAGCUUCCAUCCUCCUCCUCCACCUAUUGCUUUCUCCAGCCCACCCCCACCUCCUCCUCCACCUCCCCCGGGGGGUCCUCCACCCCCACCUGGGGCCCCACCCAUCUUUUCUGUGGUUCCACCUCCAGCUGGACCUGCUUCCUUUAGCUCCACAACCAGCCUGCACACAAAGAGCAUCCCCCAACCUUCACAACCACUCAAAUCCUUUAACUGGUCCAAACUGGGAGAGAACAAGAUCACUGGUACCAUCUGGUAUGAGAUUGAUGACAGAAGGGCCUUUAAAGUUCUUGACUUAAAGGACAUUGAGAAGAUGUUUUCAGCUUACCAGAGGCAGCAAGAGCUGCUCUCUAACCAAUCCUUCAAGCAGAAAGAAACAGGAUCAAUGGAUGACCUUUAUCUGAGUUCACGCAAAGUCAAAGAGCUGUCUGUUAUUGAUGGACGGAGGGCCCAAAACUGUAUCAUCCUGCUUUCCAAGUUAAAAAUGAGCAAUGAAGAAAUAAAGAGAGCCAUUCUAGAGAUGGAUGAGAGGGAAGAGUUGGCAAAAGACAUGUUAGAGCAGCUGUUGAAGUUUAUUCCUGAGAAAAGUGAUAUUGACCUUCUGGAGGAACACAAACAUGAGCUUGAGCGAAUGGCCCGGGCUGACCGCUUCCUGUUUGAGAUGAGCAGAAUCGACCACUAUCAACAGAGGCUCCAGUCUCUUUUCUUCAAAAAGAAGUUUGCAGAGCGCCUUGCAGAAAUCAAGCCAAAGGUUGAAGCUAUUCUGUGUGCGUCACGUGAGGUGAUGAGAAGUAAGUGCCUGACAAAGGUUCUGGAAGUGGUUUUGGCAUUCGGGAACUUCAUGAACAAAGGACAGAGGGGCAACGCAUAUGGUUUCAAAGUGUCCAGCCUCAACAAGAUCAUUGACACCAAGUCAAGUAUAGACAGAAACAUCACCAUGUUGCAUUACCUGAUAAUGAUCUUUGAGAAAAAUUACCCUGAUAUCCUCAAUAUUCAACAAGACUUGGCCACUGUACCAGAAGCUGCCAAAGUGAAUCUGGCUGAGCUGGAGAAGGAAGUGUUCGCCAUUAGGAGCGGCCUGAAAGCUCUGGAGGCGGAGUUACGAUACCAGCAGAGCCGAGCAUCUGACCGGGGAGACAAGUUUGUCCCAGUGGUCAGUGACUUCAUCACAGUUGCUAGCUUCAGCUUCUCUGAACUUGAGGAACUACUCGCUGAAGCCAAAAAUAAGUUUUCUAAGUCUUUGAAGCAUUUUGGAGAGGAGGAAGGUUGCAUGCAACCGGAUGAGUUCUUUGGAAUCUUUGACAUCUUUCUGCAGUCGUUCAGCGAGGCCCGACACGACCUGGAGAACAUGCAGCGACGCAAAGAGGAGGAAGAGAGGAGAAUGCGCAUGGAGGCCAUGCUAAAGGACCAGCGGGAACGAGAGAGAAGAGCAAAGAAAACUACCGGAGGCAGUGUGUCAGAGGAGGUGGGGGAGUUUGAUGAUCUCGUAUCAGCGCUUCGCUCAGGAGAAGUCUUCGACAAGGACUCUAAACUUAAACGCAACCGAAAGCGCUCUGUCAACCAACUGGUGGAUGGUGGAGGGCGUGAAAGACCAGUCACCAAGGUGAACUAUUGACCUCAGUGAAUACAGUCGAAAGGAGAUCGAGCUUUUUGUAUUCAGACUGACAGGGAACUCUCUUGAAAUGCCAUACACUGCCCGCUAAUUUCCCUUUUGCUCAGACCAGUAAUAACUGACAAGCUCAAAGAUAGACAGGCUCACUGUAAGAUAGUCUGUUUAUCUGCAGAUGUGAAGGAUGCCCUGCAGUCUCUCUCUACUUGUUUCUGCUUGUUCCUCCUUCUCGAUAUGUACAGUCACUCAUACUGAUCUAUUAAUGUUUUUUUUUUUUUUUUUUUUUUUUUCUUUGUGGUGAAAUGCACAACCUGAGUUCCAGUCUGGUGCUGCAAAGUCUCACAAUAAGUCAUAAGAGGUGGACAUCAUCUGAGUCCAUUCAUAUGGCUAUCCCUAUGGUUGUCCUUUCUCGGCCACCCAUUUCCAUGCUCUAAUUUUAGGAGAUUGAGAAAGUUGUCCCUUUUUUGGAAAUCUGGUACCUCUAGUCUUCGGAUCCAACUGUGCUUUUCAAUUUAAAAGAUGCAGAUGGUGCUUUCUAAACCUGGAACUGAAGGGGGAAAAGAAAAUAUUGUUAAAUCCUGGAUGUUGGAUUUGCCACACAGGAAAUAUGACACUGUGGAUGCAGCCUUACAGGUUGUGAUACUCCUUGCCCAAGUGCCUUUACACAUUAACGGCAUUCCGAGGACUACCUCCUGUAGGGAGUUAUUGAUGAGAGACAAGAGCACUUUCACUAAGAGAUAAAGGGAAUAUGAAAACCCGAAGUCUAAAAAUAGAGUGUAUUUAAUGGCAGAAAUUAAUGAACCCGUUGUAUUGUUAUACUUCAUAUAACAAAUGGUCUCAUCUGUCAUACACAACUGCACUCUUUAUCCAAAUUCCCUGAAGUAGCUUUCUAGGAAGGAAGAGACCAUGAAAGUUUGUUUAAAGAAGCAGUUAUCUGUCAGGAAGUACUAUCAUGUGUCUUCUUUACUUCUUCAGGUUAACAUAUUGAACCUUUUGGACUUGAUCAUAAUAGAACAAAUUCUAAAUUCUUAAUUAUAAUAGAACAAAUAGUCUUGCUAUCUAACGAUCUUUCCAUCUUAAUGUGUAUAUCAAGAAACGCUAGGUACCCAGGUCUGAAAAAAGUUUGUAGAGAGAUCUACUGAAUUUUAGACUUUGUUCUCAUGGUCAAAAUUAUGUAAUCCUCUUUGGUUUUCUAAUAUUUUGUUCAUCAUUUUUAAAUAACAUGUAUAUUAAGUAGCUGUAGUUAGGACAAAGGAUGCAGAGGUACAUACAAUGACCAUGUAGUUGGCAUGGUGGUGCAGAGAAAAUGGUGUUAGAGACAGGAAAGAUGAGAGGCCUCUGGUAUGGAUAUAGACACAGAUAUGAAGGCAACAAGUGCAAACAUCUGAAAGGGAAUGUAGAGUCCAGUGAGAUGGUGAUUAUGGAUUGAACCAAUAAUAAAAAAAAAUAAUAAUAAUGAUGAAUGCACUUUCAUGCGUAUGAAUGCAGUUUCUUCUGUCCACAUGGGGUCACAGUGGGAGUUCUGUAUGAGAUGAUUGUGUUUAUCUUUUAAGAAUUAAUAUGGACACACAUGGUGCGAAUGGUUAAUUUUUGUGAGUACAGCUCUGCCCCCUUCUGACCCUGCUUAAUACACAAGUAGGGUGUCUGUGAGAGAGCCGGCCCAUAUCUGGUCUGCAUGGAUUUCACGCCAGCCGGAUCCGGGCCAACACUGUGUUGCUGCCUGGGCUUCUGGUAUAUCCAUAUUUCUUUGUGCCAGUAAGGUAAUUUAUUAACAGUCCAAAAAAUAAGCAAGUUUUAACACUAAGCUUACAAGUGCCAAAACAACAGGCCAGUGCAGCCUUUCUCUCCCUUCUCACUUGCAUCAGCUGAUGUGUAAUUUUUUGUAAUGUGUGUAUAUAUAUAUAUAUAUAUAUAUAUAUAUACCAAAAAUAGUAAUUGCAGUCCUAUCUAUAUUAAGUCAAUUUUCUGAGGCUUGAGAUUGCUUAUAACAAGUUAGUAUUUCUGCACAACAGACAGUUAGUUCCAGGUUUGACCAGAUUGUGUUGUCUGGGACAUUAAAAAAAAUACAAUUAUUGCACAUUUAAAUCUGAGCAUUUAAAAAAAAAAGGCUAAUAUAUCUGCAGUUAGUUUGAUUGCACUUACCAAUGAUUCCUCAUAGAGGCUCUUAUUAGACUUUAUGCCAAAGUCCUAAUCUUGUGCUGCUUAAUUGGAGAACAUGCAGAAUUAGGAAUGGGGAUUUGCAUAAUGAACUGUUCUUUGUGCACCAAAUGAAUAUGACCUAACAGAAGUAAAGACAUACACUUUGUUAAACUAUUUUUAUAAUACUACAUUCAGUACAGAACUUACAUAUAUAAAUAUAUAUA